AUUUUGUCCUGGUGAGCAUUUGCGAGAAAAUUCAUAAUCCCAUUGAAACGAUUUAAAUUGUAUCCAUAUCUGUCUUCUUUUCCCGCUUAUAUGAUCCCUGCUACCUAGUAUUUAUUGAUUCGUCAUGGACUCUCUUUCUGAAACCUUUCUUACAAGGUCUGUCGAGAACCCUAUAAAACAAGCAAUUACGGACAGAAUCUGGAGAUUACAAGCUCGGCCCGAAAAAUUUUCGAAUGGAGAAUGGAAAUGAAUGUAUGUCAUGGACGGAUGGCACGAUUGAAACGGCAAUCCAUCAAUACUUUUCACAUCCACCUAAACUUGACGAUACGUCUAUUACUUUGGAAAAAUCAUUUACGGCGUAUAACCUCGAAAGUUUUACUGGCAUCGCUAUACACUGGACGGAUAACAUUGCAGAUCAUCUGCGCCUGGUGGAGGAUGACAAAAAAGUUGUCAUAUUUCAUCAUGUAACAUUCUUGGAGUGUCAACGAACCUCUCUUUUCCCUCCUGGCCUAGUCAACGAGACAUUAAGAACGAUUUCACUCCUCUUCCCUCAAUGCGACGACAAAAAUCGCAAAUGGUUCAAGAAACGCCAUUUCUCCUCGGAAAUUGAUGUACGGCUUCUUCGGUGUGGAUAUUUAAACCACAGGGCCCGCGAGAUUGACCAGUUUCAUUUUUGGAAAGAUCGAUUGAUAAUACUGAAGGAAAAAUUCGACCACGCACACCCACAGACCAUAUCCCAAUGGUGGCGGGACCGAAGGAACCGAGUACAAUGGUAUACCUUUUGGCUGGCGGUAGCCAUCUUAAUCUUGACCAUUUUCUUUGGCUUUGUUCAAUCUGUAGAAGGCGCAUUGCAAGUAUACAAAGCAUUUAACCCCAACUAGGCUACUAGUUUCAUAGUUUUUUUGCUUGAAGUUAGCACUGCCUUUUCCCUGAUAUAUAAAAGUACAGUCAUAAUCUACUAAAAUCUGGCUUUUCUUUGUUUUCAUUCUCAUGUAUACUGGAGGUUAAAGCAAAUGGUCGCAGAGUGCAGCAACCCAUGCGCCGGCUAUGUUAUCAAUUAGCUAAGCAACUUGCCUAAAGCCUAGUUAGUACAUUACACCUUCAUAUGUACAUAAUUUGUUCGCAACUCUACCGCUUACUGUAUCCAUUAUUGACUUGGUACCCAACUCAAC